GCUGUCUAUUCCACAUGACGAGGAUACACGGCAGAAAAAUAGUUACAACCUCGAUUGGCGCGAAAAGGAAAUUCUUUUGGAUCAUUCAAUAGUUAUCCACCCAAUGAUUUCAGAAUUUUGACGUGUAAAAAUAGGAUGGUUGUUACGUGCUACGUCGAAGGAUGCAAUUCUGGGUAUGAGAGCUAUGAAAAGAUAUACUUUUUCAAGCCAAAGGAUGAGAAGGUUUUAAUUGAAUGGCAAAAACUGAUUGGCAAACAGAAUGUCAAACUGAAAAAAAAUCAUUCUGUUUGCCACAAACAUUUUGAAGAUGCUGACAUUAUCAAGCAGAAAAUAUUUGAUGGCAAAGAUGGGCCAAUAGUAGUUUAUGAUUUACGUCGUUGGAAGCUCAUUGAUGGAGCUCUGCCAAAACUUCAUACUGGAAAACCUGUGCAAAAUAGGUUGUCUGUUCCUAACGUCGGAGAACUUAGUGUUCUCUGUGAAAUAGCAAAUGCUGUUCAACCAGGUUAUCACACAUUAACCACCCACAGAAUUCCAGAACAACAUAUUAUAAAUCCUAAAGAAAUUUACCUACCUGUAUCAUGGUUUUGGCAAGAAGGCAGUCCAGUGGAAGAGGAAUUUAUUUGCUCAAGAUUUAAAUGGCUGAACGAAAACAAGUUCGAAUACACGAAGACAAUCAUUAUCCACCAAAAUAGCAAAACUAUUCGCUACUUCGUCCGGGGCCAGCAAGUUUUCCAUGAAAAUUUCAACUCUCAAUUCGAAUCGCUGGAGGACCUUACGGCGUGUGUAAAAACUUUUGACAAUGCACAAAACAACGUCAACUCCAACUUCUCCAUCACGACAAGCGAUACUAUACCAAAAUCAAUUUGUGCUGCCAUAGAUAGACAAGAUGUUGUUCAAUUCGUUGUCGAAAAAAAUAUCCAGAAAAGGCCUUCAUAUCCCUCAAAGAAAACUGACGGUAACGCGCGGCAUCAGUCUUCAGUGAAAUUUAAAUUGCCUAUCCAGCAUUCAAAUCGAAAUGUCAGUGAAGAUGACGGUGAUCCCAAAUUUACUAGCAUGUUUACAGACCACACAUAUGGUGUGGGUACUGACAAACCCAUCACGCCGGUAAAAUUAGCUUGCGAAACCCUGUGUGAAAGGAAUUCAUCAGUUGCCGAUACGAAAAUCCCUAAUGAUGACUGGACCAUACGACCUGCUGAUGAUAGAGCGGCCUUCACGUUGCAAUACCCUCAUGAAUUUUUUAGCACUAGCGUUUCCAAGUCGAAAGAACUUGAACGAAGGCUUGUUAAACAUCCCAUUUCCUGUGAAUACAAGAACUCGGCUUACAGUUUGGUUUCGUACCAUUUGGAAACAUGGUGUCUUGGGGUUUAUUCACCUUUCAAAUUGGAUGAUAUUACUUCCACUGGCAUUGUGAAACAUAAAAUUCGCCCGAAAGUCAUCGGAAAAACUAUUGCAAAGGAUGGCAUCGAUUUACAUCAGCCGUCUUUCCUGGUUGCGCAACCAGUGCACUUCUACCGUCGCAGCAAAGCCCUAUGUCCUAGUGUUUCAAAGCAAACCAGAAAAUCGGCACCGGAGCUAGUCCAAAUUGAAAAUAUGAAACCUCACAAGGGAAAAAUUCACGUUACCUUAAAUGGAGAACCGCCUGCUCAACUUUCCCUAUCUGACCUCUUUUGCGAGGAUAGUAAUUCCUGUGAGCAUUUUCGACAUGAAGGACCAAACGUCCGAAAGAAUCUCUUCUUUUCGGAGAUUUGCGCAAACAGUCUAUCAGCGAACACAGAAAAAGAUAAGGACGAAAGUGACCUUAAACUGGCGAAGAUCUUGCUAGAGAAAGAAGCCUAUCGAAAGAAAAUGCUACAAAAAAAAUUUCGUAGGUUUUCUGUCAAACUUUACAAGAGCAAAAACAUGGCACGUUCCAUUUUGAUGGCGGCCAAAGAAUUUGAAGUGAAAAGACGCGAAUUCGGCAUAUCAAACAAAACAAAACGGCCGUCAAUCGCGAAGAAAGCUGGCCCACAAACACAGUGCAACCAGUGCGGCAAAAUGAUUCUAGUAGCUCGAAUGAAAUUCCAUCUUAAAGUUCACAGUGGUGUGAAGUCACACUUAUGUGAACUAUGUGGCCGGGCAUUUGCACUUAGGAAUAGCCUUAACUCGCAUAUUCGAUUCCAUCAUCGUGGACAGGCACGACCUAAACAUUUCAUGUGUAGCACAUGUGGUUAUACUUGUAGGUCGAAAAAUCACUUGGAAAAACAUGAAAGGAUCCAUACCAACGAAAGGCCGUUUGAUUGCAAAUACUGUGACAAGAAAUUUCGGGAAAAGGGAACGCUCGUCCGCCAUAUCCGUACCCAUACUGGUGAAAAACCAUACGCGUGCAACAUUUGUGGAACGUCGUACGCUGCCAGGCAAACGUACGUCAGCCACUACAGGAGAAAACAUGAAAAAAGGGAACCAGGAAACGAACGGUUACCUCGGCGCGCUAACGGUCCCACUUACAGUUGCGAAUUUUGUCAAAAAACGUUUUACAGGCUUUUGACAUACGAAAGACAUCGCAGCACUCACACAGGAGUUGCCGCUGCCAUCCGUUGUCGGGUAUCCGGCUGUAUUUUCACGUAUUCGGAUUUGGGACAACUAAAGAAUCAUAUGUUGGCAGAGCAUCCUGAGAAAGCAUAUGUCUGUAAAGUGUGCAAGAAAAUUUUUCUAACAAAGUUGAAUCUGACUCUACAUCAGUCCGUUCAUGAUCCUUCGCGUGGUUUCCAGUGCUCUUUUUGUCCUACGAGAUUGACGGCAAAGGAAAGCUUAGUUGCACACGAAAAGCUUCAUACUCGUGAAACGCCGCAUGAAUGUUCGUUCUGUGAAAUGCGUUUCCAUAGCACGUAUCUGUUGCAGAUUCACGUGCGCACACAUCAGCCCAAUCAUCUCAAAAGGAAACGUCGAAGAAAAAAUCCUGUUGAUAAGUGAAUCAUCGAUUACUUGAUGUUGAUAUUUUAGCUUUGCUCCAUAGAAAGAGUAUUAAGAAUCACGACUUGUGGACCCACCCCUCCAAUCUAAGAACUUCGUUCAGCUUUCGUUAUUCAAAUGUCUUUCGCAGAGUUUUUUUUAUUUUUCUUUUAUUUUAUAAUUACUAUCGUCUCUGCUCAGGGAAUACCUCCCUUGAAGACAAAGCGCCGUAUAGCAAAUGUACGAAGUUUGAUUUACAGUUAUGUAAUGAGUAUAUUACGUUUCAUCUCUAAAAGUUGUUGAGUUCCUUGAAAUGCCACAUGUUUCCGUUUGGAGCUAGGAGAUGGCGUAGCAGAAUUGCCAGUCUUGGCCAACUUAUAACCAUGAG